CUUACUAAGUUUAUAUAUUUUAUUCUUUAUAAAAAACUUAAUAUUAUAAAAGACUUAGUAUAUAUAUUUAUUAAAGUUAUAUUUUCGAACUAUAGUUUAUUAAAAGAAAUUAUUUUUAAUAGGAAUAAGCUAUUUAUUUUAAAGUUUUAG